CACACACACACACACACAGGAGUAGACUGUAAAGCUGUGAGAAACUGACACACAACCGGACUGGCGCUACAUUUACAGCACACGGACAGGGCUGUUCUGAGCGCUCUCCCGCCCCCCUCGCUUCUGGACGUGACUGUGAGGAGCCGCUCCACGUGGGACUCGAUGAAAGAUGACAGAGGAGGUGAUUGUUAUAGCCAAGUGGGACUACACCGCUCAGCAGGACCAGGAACUUGACAUCCGGAAAAAUGAGCGCUUGUGGCUCCUGGAUGACUCGAAAACCUGGUGGAGAGUCCGCAACGCCUCCAACCGUACUGGCUAUGUCCCAUCCAACUACGUCGAGCGUAAGAAUAGCCUCAAGAAAGCCUCGAUUGUGAAGAACCUGAAGGAUACUCUAGGUCUUGGUAAAACGAAAAGGAAGACAAGUGCACGUGAUGCCUCUCCCACACCCAGCACAGAUGCAGAGUACCCCUCCAAUGGGAGUGCAGGAGGCAGUGGAGUGGGUGGGGCAGAGCGAAUCUACGAUCUGAACAUUCCAGCAUUGGUGAAGUUCUCCUACACAGCAGAACGUGAUGAUGAGCUGAGUUUAGUUAAAGGAGACCGGGUUGUCGUGAUGGAGAAGUGCAGUGAUGGGUGGUGGAGGGGGAGCCAUGACGGCCGCGUGGGCUGGUUCCCUUCAAACUAUGUCCGUGAGGAGCCGGCCUAUGCAGAUACAAAUGCAAGCUUUGGAGGGGACAUGUUAGGGGGCUUUCGCUCCCUAAGAGCAGGGCAGGGGGUGGGGCUUGUCAAUGGCAGGUUGGCAGGCACAGGGAGCUCAGUACUACCUGUGGUCCAGACUUUGUACCCCUUCAGCUCGGUUACUGAUGAAGAAUUGAACUUUGAGAAGGGUGAGACCAUGGAGGUGGUGGAGAAGCCAGAGAAUGAUCCUGAAUGGUGGCGAUGUAGGAACAGCAAGGGUGUGAUCGGCCUUGUGCCCAAGAACUAUGUUGUAGUGUUGAAUGACGGGCCUGCUGGACGACGUCCCGCCUCCCCUCCCAUCAGCCACAUGGGCCCGUCCCGUAUAGGCAAGUUUGCAGGCAAGGACUGGUACUACGGUAACGUGACCCGGCACCAGGCAGAAUGUGUACUCAAUGCACGAGGAGUUGAGGGAGACUUCCUUAUAAGAGACAGCGAGUCCUCGCCUAGUGAUUUCUCCGUGUCUUUAAAAGCAGUGGGGAAGAACAAACACUUCAAGGUGCAGCUGCAGGAUGGAGUUUACUGCAUUGGACAGAGGCGCUUCAACAGUAUGGAAGAGCUUGUGGAGCACUACAAAAAAGCUCCCAUCUUCACUAGUGAACAGGGAGACAAACUCUACCUGGUGAAACCUCUUGCCUGAACUUGGUUUUAUCCUACUUGGCAAGUUUUGCCUUUUCUUCUUUAUUUCCUUUGCCAUCUUCUCCUCUCUGCCUGUCUCCUUGUAAGGACUUUAAUCAAGCCUCUGGGUUGGAUGGCAGGAGUCCUGUACUUUCUCACAAGGCUCUGUCAAGGAAAAACUGGAUGUUCUUUUAAGUUGAAAUACCCAUAAGCCUGUUAAUUAUUUGUUCAAAAACUGAAUUCCAGCCUUUGAGGAGGACCUAGAAAUAAAUACAUCUUAUUCGUCUGA